GUGUCUUGAAUUUUAGGAAUCCGAUCAUGGGACACAAACUUGAUUGAAUGCAACCUGGACCAAGAACUCAAACUUUUUGUAUCUCGCCAUUCAGCUCGAUUUUCCCCUGAAGUUCGAGGUCAGAAGAUUCUUCACCACAGAAGUGAUGUCUUAGAAACUGUGGUCCUGAUCAAUCCCUCAGAUGAAGCAGUUAGUACUGAGGUACGCUUGAUGAUCACAGAUGCUGCAAGACACAAGCUCCUUGUACUAACUGGACAGUGCUUUGAAAACACAGGAGAACUCAUUCUUCAGUCAGGGUCCUUCUCCUUCCAGAACUUCAUUGAGAUCUUCACGGAUCAAGAGAUUGGUGAAUUAUUGAGCACCACACACCCUGCCAACAAAGCCAGCUUAACUCUUUUCUGCCCUGAGGAAGGAGACUGGAAAAAUUCCAACCUUGACAAACACAACCUUCAAGACUUUAUUAACAUUAAACUCAACUCAGCUUCCAUAUUGCCCAAAAUGGAAGGACUCUCUGAAUUCACAGAGUAUCUGUCAGAAUCAGUGGAAGUGCCAUCACCCUUCGACAUUUUGGAACCUCCAACUUCAGGAGGUUUCUUGAAACUCUCCAAACCCUGCUGUUAUAUUUUCCCAGGUGGAAGAGGGGACUCUGCAUUAUUUGCAGUGAAUGGAUUCAACAUGCUUAUCAAUGGAGGAUCCGAAAGAAAAUCUUGCUUUUGGAAACUUAUCCGGCACUUGGACAGGGUAGAUUCCAUUCUACUCACUCACAUCGGAGACGAUAACCUGCCAGGAAUCAAUAGCAUGCUUCAGCGAAAAAUAGCUGAACUAGAAGAGGAACAGUCUCAAGGGUCUACUACCAACAGUGACUGGAUGAAAAAUCUGAUCUCACCUGAUUUAGGAGUUGUAUUCCUUAAUGUACCUGAGAACCUGAAGAACCUGGAUCCUAGCUUUAGGGUAAAAAGGAGUGUAGAAGAAGCUUGUUUUACUCUCCAGUAUUUAAAUAAACUGUCUAUGAAACCAGAACCUCUUUUCAGAAAUGUGGGAAAUACCAUUGACCCCAUCAUUUUAUUUCAGAAAAUGGGAGUUGGCAAACUUGAGAUGUAUGUGCUCAAUCCUGUCAAAAAUAGCAAAGAGAUGCAAUAUUUUAUGCAGCAGUGGAGUGGCAGCAACAAAGAUAAAGUUGAAUUCCUGCUAUCAAAUGGCCAAGAACUAGACAUUCCAUUAUCUUACUUCACCUCUGUCUCAUCCCUGAUUGUGUGGCAUCCAGCUAACCCCGCAGAAAAAAUAAUCCGGGUUCUGUUUCCUGGAAAUAGCACCCAAUAUAAUAUUCUAGAAGGACUAGAAAAACUCAAACACUUAGACUUCCUUAAACAACCAAUGGUUACACAAAAAGACCUAACUGGGAACAUUGCUAGUCCGGCUGUGAAACAAGCAAAGUUAAAACAACGAACAGACAGUAAGGAGAGUCUCAAGCCUGCUGCAAAGACACCACCAAGCAAGCCUGUCAGAAAAGAAUCUAAAGAAGAAACACCGGAGCCUGUGAAGCCUAGUCCAGCACUGGAAAAGCCUCAGAAGUUGGAAAGCAAAGAAAAAGCUCCAGUUAAAAAAGAGAAAACAGCAAAAGUGGAGACCAAACCUGUAGUGGCAGAAAAAGACAUAACAAGUAAAGAAGAGCAAUUACUAAAAUCUGAAACCCCUGAAAAACAAAGUACAGAUGUAAAACCAAAAGUGUCAAAGGAGAAGCCAGUGAAAAAGGAAGUAAAAGCAAAACCUGAGGAAAAGAAAGAGGAAAAAGAAAAACCAAAGAAAGAGGUUUCUAAAAAAGAGGAGAAAACACCCAUCAAAAAAGAAGAAAAACCCAAAAAAGAAGAGAUCAAGAAAGAAGUUAAAAAAGAGGUGAAAAAGGAAGAGAAGAAGGAAGCAAAGAAGGAACUAAAGAAAGAAGCUUCACCAAAGGAAGCUAAAAAAGAAGCUAAAAAAGAAGAGAAGAAGGAAAUUAAGAAGGAAGAAAAAGAAGCCAAAAAGGACAUCAAAAAGGUUCCUAAAGAAACAAAGAAGACAGCUACUCCUUCGACUGAAGCCAAAAAGCCAGCAGCAAAGCCUAAACCACAAAAGAAGGAGGAACCUGCUAAAAAAGAAGCAGUACCUGCUGGAAAGCCAAAGGAAAAAGGAAAAGUUAAGACGGUGAAGAAGGAGAUCAAGGUCAGUGGAGCACAAGCUGCCCUUGCAGCCGUUGGUGAGAGAUCCCUUAUGUCUUCACCAGAGGAUUUAACAAAGGAUUUUGAGGAAUUAAAAGCUGAAGAAGUAGAAACAAUAAAAGAAACAAAACCUCAAGUUGCACUUAUAGAAGAUGAACUGAAACUCACUGGCACAGUACAAAAAGAGGCCUUCGAAGGACAAAAAGAAAAAUUAGAUAAUGAAGGACCUGCCGAGUCCUCCGAUGAAGGCAUAACUACCACAGAGGCUGAGGGUGAGUGUGAACAGACACCUGAAGAAUUGGAACCUGUGGAAAAGCACAGGGUUGACGACAAUGAAAAGUUUGAAGAUGAGGGAACUGGCUUAGAAGAAUCAUCUGAAGCAGGAGAUUAUGAGGAAAAGGCAGAAACAGAAGAAGCUGAAGAACGAGGUGAAGAUGAAGAAGAAAAGACACCACUGGACAACACAAAAAUGUAUAUGGAGGAAGCAAGGAAAAUUGAAGAAAGUUCAGAAGAUAUGAUGGCUGAAGCAGAUGCUAACAUUAAAGAUGAAAAAUAUAUUGAAAAGGCAGAUUAUGAGGCAUCAGAUGAACGGGCUGAGGAAGACAGGGAAGAAGCAAUAGAAAAAGCAGAAACUGAAGAGACUGAAGAAGAGGAGGAAGACAAAGCAGAAGACAUCAGAGAUGAAGAGGAAACUGAAAAAAUAGAAGCUGAAGAAGAUUAUGUGAUGGCUGUUGUAGACAAAGCUGCAGAAGCUGGUGAAGUUGAAGAUAAAUAUGGCCUGCUCAUAAUUACACCAACAAAACGCUCAGAGCCUCAGUCUCCAGCAGUUGAGCCAGCCUCUUCUAUCCAUGAUGAGACAUUACCUGGUGGUUCAGAAAGUGAAGCCACUGUUUCUGAUGAAGAAAAUAGAGAAGAUCAACCUGAAGAAUUCACUGCUACUUCGGGUUAUACCCAGUCUACCAUUGAAAUAUCCAGUGAACCAACCCCAAUGGAUGAAAUGUCAACACCCCGGGAUGUCAUGAGUGAUGAAACUAACAAUGAGGAAAGUGAGUCACCCUCUCAAGAGUAUGUGAACAUUACCAAGUAUGAGACAUCACUGUACUCUCAAGAGUUUGGCAGACCUAAACUUUCUCCACUUCCAGAUGCUUUUAAUGGAUUAUCUGAAGGAUCCAAAACAGAGGCCACAGAAGGUAAAGACUAUAAUGCCUCAGCUUCCACCAUCUCACCUCCUUCUUCAUUAGAGGAAGACAAAUUCUGCAAAUCUGCGUUCCAAGAUGUAUACCGGCAAAAAGAAAGUGAAAUCCAAGGCACUGCUAAAUUAGAAAUCAAGGAACCUCAUCAAGAAGAUCUUGGUGGAAAAUGUAGUCCAACCAAGAGUCCAGCUGACAGUUUGUCCCCUCCAUCACCUGUUGCCAAAACACCACUGAGUGAACGUAGUGUGAAUUUUUCGCUCACUCCCAAUGAGAUCAAGGUCUCAGCUGAGCCUGUCAUCAUUGCUACAUUGCCUGAUGUACAUCAAGAAGUUGCUGAAGAGCACUGUGCAAGCCCUGAAGAUAAAACAUUAGAAGUAGCAUCUCCCUCACAGUCUGCUGCUGGUAGUGCUGGCCACACACCUUAUUAUCAGUCUCCCACUGAUGAAAAGUCCAGUCAGCUUCCCUCUGAAACCAGUGAAAAGUCAACAGAUGCUCCUGUUAGCUUUGAAUUCAGUGAAGUCAAAGAUGAGUCUGCAAAACCCAGAAUAAGCCCUAUGGAUGAGCCUGUGCCAGAUUCAGAAUAUCCUAUUGAAAAGGUUCUCUCGCCCCUACGCAGUCCACCACUGAUAGGUUCAGAAACCACUUAUGAUACAUUUUUGAGUGCUGAUUUAAAGUCUCCCACCAGAGAUUACAUAAGUGCUUUGGGGGGGAAACCUGAAAAAGAAAAAUCAGUUGUUCAAAUGAGCCCAGCUUCUGAAGCCAGCACUGUGGGCCUUUUCCAAGAAAAACAAGAAGAAAAAAGCAUGGAGUUUAUGGUAAUUAAGGAAGGCUUCAGCCUAGAAAGGAAAAUGGAAGAUACAGAACCCAGCAGCUCCCAGUCUUCACUGGCCUUGGAUGAGCGGAAGUUAGCAGGUGAUCUCUCACCUACUCAAAUAGAUAUCAGUCAGUUCGGCUCUUUAAAAGAAGAUACCAAAAUGUCUAUUUCUGAAGGCACUGUUUCUGACAAGUCUGCAACUCCUGUUGAUGAAGUUAUAGCAGAAGACACCUAUUCCCAUAUAGAAGGAGUAGCUUCUGUCUCUACAGCAUCUGUUGCUACUAGUUCAUUUCCAGAACCAACUACCGAUGAUGUGUCUCCUUCUUUGCAUGCUGAGGUUGGAUCUCCCCACUCUACCGAAGUUGAUGAUUCCCUUUCAGUGUCAGUUGUACAAACACCAACAACUUUUCAGGAAACAGAAAUGUCUCCAUCUAAGGAAGAGUGCCCAAGACCCAUGUCAAUUUCUCCACCAGACUUCUCACCUAAAACUGCAAAAUCAAGAAUGCUGGUGCAUGAUCACAGAUCUCCUGAGCAGUCAACUAUGUCUGUAGAAUUUGGUCAGGAGUCCCCUGAGCAGUCUUUAGCAAUGGACUUUAGUAGGCAGUCUCCAGAAUAUCCUACUGUAGGCACUAGUACACACCAUAUAUCAGAAAAUGGACCUACAGAAGUAGAUUAUAGCCCUUCAGAUAUACAGGAGCCUACUUUUGCACGGAAGAUUUCCCCUGUGGAGCAGUCAUCAUACUCUCAGGAGAAAGAUAUUUCAGAAAUUAUUUCAGUUUCUCAAAUUGAAGCUUCAUCCUCAACUUCAUCAGCUCAUACACCUUCCCAGGUCACUUCACCACUGCCAGAGGAAACUUUUUCAGGUGCUGUUCCACCCAGAGAUAUGUCACUACAUUCUUCUUUUACCUCAGAAAAGGUUCAGAGCCUAGGAGAAAAGCUGUCACCGAAGUCUGACCUAUCUCCAUUAACUCCAAGGGAAUCUUCCCCUCUGUACUCUCCUAGUUUUCCAGAUUCACCUUCUGCAAUCACAGAAGCCGUGUCAGCUAGUCAUGCACCUUCAUUGUCACUGCAAGUGUCCUCUGUCAAAGCAUUUGGUUACCAGGAUCCCCUAACAAAGCACAGUCCAGAACCUUUACUCAGCCCAGAAAAAGAAGAUUCGGAGAAAAGCAGCAGGUCACCAGAAGAACUUAGUUAUUCCUAUGAGGCCACAGAGAAAACUACUAGGUCACCUGAGGCCACAGAUUACUCCUAUGAGAUGAUUGCAAAAAAUAUGAGGUCAUCUGAGGCCACCGAUUAUUCUUAUGAUAUGACAGGGAAAACCACUAGGUCACCAGGGGCCACAGAUUAUUGCUAUGAGACAACUGGGAAAACCACUAAGUCACCAAGGGCCACAGAUUAUUCCUAUGAGACAACAGGGAAAGCCACAAAAUCACCUGAGGCCACAGAUUAUUCCUAUGAGAUAAUUGGGAAAACCACCAAAUCACCUGACACCUCAGAUUAUUCCUAUGAGAGAAUUGCAAAAGCUACGAGAUCUCCUGAUACUAUGGAUUACUCCUAUGAGACAACAGGGAAAACCACUAAGUCACCAGAAAGCAUUAGCUACUCCUAUGAGACAACUGGGAGAACCACCAGGUCACCAGAUGCCAUGGCUUACUCCUAUGAGACAACUGGGAAACCCUCCGGUUCACCCGAAGCCACAGAUUACUCAUUUGAGACAACUGGGAGAGCCUCCAGGUCACCUGAAGCCACUAGCUAUUCCUAUGAAGCAAGCGCUUAUUUUACUCCAGGAAAAUCGUUAGCAGAAUCCCGUCAAGAUGUUGACUUAUGCCUUGUGUCCUCUUGUGAAUAUAAACAUCCCAAAACUGAACUUUCACCUUCAUUUAUCAACCCAAACCCCCUUGAGUGGUUUGCAAAUGAAGAACAGUCCCAAGAUCAAGAGAAGCUAUUAACUCAAUCCGGGGGAGCCCAGCCACCUUCUGGGGGAAAGCAGCAAGGGCGGCAGUGUGAUGAAACUCCUCCCACAUCCGUGAGUGAGUCUGCCCCAUCUCAGACUGAUUCAGACGUUCCCCCUGAGACUGAGGAAUGUCCUUCCAUCACUGCAGAUGCUAACAUUGACUCGGAAGAUGAAUCAGAAACCAUUCCGACAGACAAGACAAUUACAUACAAACACAUUGACCCGCCACCUGUCCCCAUGCAGGAUCACAGCCCUUCCCCUAGGCACCCUGAUGUUUCCAUGGUUGAUCCAGAGGCUCUUCCUGUUGAUCAGAAUUUGGGUAAACCUUUGAAGAAGGAUCUCAAAGAAAAGACAAAGACAAAAAAGCAGGGUACUAAGACCAAGUCGUCUUCUCCUGUUAAAAAAAGUGAUGGUAAAUCAAAACAAGUGGCUUCACCAAAGCCAGCCAUAAAAGAGUCUUUAGACAAAAUUUCCAAGUCAGCUUCUCUGAAAAAGAAGGAGUCUGUGGAGAAGUUAACGAAAAAUAUAUCUUCUCCAGAAGUAAAGUCUCGAGUAGAAGAGAAAGAUAAGGACACCAAGAAUGCAGCAAAUACAACAACAUCCAAGUCAGCAAAGACUGCAACUACAGGACCUGGGAAUACUAAGGCGGUAAAAUCCACAGCAGUGCCUCCAGGACCUCCAGUGUAUUUGGAUUUGGUGUACAUUCCCAACCACAGCAACAGCAAGAACGUUGAUGUUGAGUUUUUCAAGAGAGUGCGGUCAUCCUACUAUGUUGUGAGUGGGAACGAUUCUGCAGCCGAUGAGCCAAGCAGGGCUGUUUUGGACUCCCUGCUGGAGGGCAAGGCGCAAUGGGAGACUAACAUGCAGGUGACCUUAAUCCCAACCCAUGACUCAGAAGUGAUGAGGGAAUGGUACCAAGAGACCCAUGAGAAACAGCAGGACCUCAACAUCAUGGUUUUGGCAAGCAGCAGCACUGUUGUUAUGCAAGAUGAAUCUUUUCCCGCAUGCAAGAUUGAACUGUAAGAAUGAGACCAUGUACCACAAGAUUCAACUUUGUUUCCAGAAAUUCUUCAGUUCGAAAACACCUUUUCUAAAAAUUCAACCCAUCUAUUUCAACUGCUGAACUACAUACCUGCCAAAUGCUAUACUGUGUCAUGGUGAUGCAAGUCACUAAUAUUUUUCAGUCUUUGCUGAUUGCUAAGGGAAACAAUAGUAUUCCCAUAGUAGGGUUCAAAUUACUGUGAAAAUACAGAUCCAGUUUCAACUCCACUGAACGUUUGGAAACCAUGCACUAGCAACCCCAACUGACUUCUGCCAGGUAGAGGCAUUUGCCCUCUAAAGAAACACAAAGAGAGAGAAAGAGAGAGAGGAGUAGGAGGAGAAAGUAAUAAAUAAUUAGACCUGCAUUAGUCUCACGGCAAUUGAUGUAUUGCUUACUGAAUUCUGCUUAUGCUCUCACUUGAAAAUAAAGCUUUAAAUUUGUAUCAAUCUGAGCUAUCGCAAAGGGGAUCCUUUUUUUUAUAGAAUUAAGUUGGCU